AUGCCCUCGGCAGCGUCGGCCCAGUCUCGCACGCUCAAGGCUUCGAACAACGCAAACGCAAACACGCCCUCGGCCACGCCCUCGGCCACGGCCUCGACCUCGGCCGUCAACAACGCAAAGCAUGCCGCUACCAACCCCGCCGCCGCCUCCUCGUCCAAUCCGCCCGCUGCUGGCGCCCCCGCGACCCGCUUCGUCCCCGCCAGCUUUCGCAACCAGCCGGGCACUUCGGCCCUCGCAGGCGGCAUCGUAGGCCCAGAGGCCGCAGGCCUAGACCAGUCCAGCGCAGAGCACUUUUUCGUCACCCUCGCUGCCUACGCCGACGCCCUCGACGCACUCCCCCUCGACCUCACCCGCAGCUUCUCGGACCUCCGCGAGCUCGACGCCGUACUCGGCUCCCACCUAAACAGCCUCACCGCCCGCCUCAACCACCUCACCGCACUCAUACAGGACCCCGACAUCGACCAGGGUCAGCGCCUCCUCGCCCUCAAGGAGGUCGCAGAGGAGGCAAGGGCCUACAAGAUGGGCGGCGAGGACAAGAUCCGCGUCGCACUCAACACCGCAGAGACCAUCAUCAGCCACACCGACUACAUCGACGCACUCGUAGACCAGCUCGACCACUUCCCCCAACUCUCCCCCCUCCUCAACCCCAAAAAGCACCUCAACCUCGACCAGUACUACCACGCCGACACGGGCAAGCUGCGCGAGCAGUUCCUCGUCGCCUCUUCGCAAAACGCCGCCAACGGCUCAGGCGUCGCAGCCGGCAUCCUCGGCUCCACGGCAAAGCAGGACGCCAACGGCGCCGCCUCCACCGCCUCGACCGGCAACAAGAAGCGCAAGGUCGGCACCACCGCUGCUGCCGCGCCCAACGCCAAGGGCUCCAAGCCCGGCGACGCAGCCUCGGCCGCCGCGUCCUCGGCCGGCCUCGGUCCCACCCCCAACAAGAAGCGCAAGACCGCGGGCGGCACCGGCUCGGCGGCCAACGGGUCCUCGAGCGCACAGGGCGGCUCCAAGGUCGCACGGACCGGGUCCAGCUCCGGAGCCAAGGCCGAAGACGACGGGUGGCCGCGCUCCAACUCCAACGCAGGCAGCCGGGGCGCCAGCCCUGCGGCGUCUUCGGCCACGGGCGGCGCGGGCAACGACGACGCCGACGAGAGGCGCUACUGCUUCUGCAACAAUGUCAGCUACGGCGACAUGAUUGGCUGCGACGACGACGACUGCGAGCGCGAAUGGUUCCACCUCGGCUGUGUGGGCCUCACAAAGGUGCCGACGGGGACAUGGCACUGCGAGGCGUGUCUCGAGAGGCGAGCGGCGGCCGGUAAAGCCAAGGCGAAAAAGGGCAAGACGGGCGGCUCGUCUUCGAGCAGCAAAAAGUCGAGGCGAUAG